UCUGCCCCCGUUCAUGUCUGACAGGUGGUGACUCUUUACCUGAACCGUCUGCCACAGUCCCAGUAUGCACCUGUACUGGAGAGACUGAGAUACGCCAUGCCCAACAACACUGAACUGAGCCUGAGGUUGCUGUUUGUCGAGUGGCAGGAUGGAAACAUUGAACAUGUGAAGUUUCAGACUCGGAUGUUGACGAGUAACUUUUCAAAGAGUUUAACGCACUGGAAAAUAGCGAUCGCCGUGGAAACGGAGCUCCAGGAGUCAUGUGAGGUGCGACUCCUCUAUCAUCAGGCUCUUCAGAACCUUCCUCUCUGUGCCGCCCUGUGGAAACAUCGCCUGCUGUUUGAGGCGGCUCAGGGCGCCACCUCUUCUAGGUUAAAGAGACUCAUCGACCGCUGUGGUCAAGUGGGCGUGAGUUUAGUUGUGGGUCAAGCGCAGGGAGGAGAUCAGUGAUGUCAUCAGCUGUGACGAACUCUCUUCGUCAACAGUAAAAAGAAAGCAGCUGAUUGGCUGCAGAGGAUUGAGUGAGACAGACGAGGUAAGACAGACUUGGCGGCCCCCUGCUGGACGUCUGCCGUGCUCAUGGCGUGAGACGAGAUAAUGUCUGAACGUAAGUAUCUAGCAGAGGGACGGUGUCUCUCUUCAUGUCCUCCCUUCUUCUGUUUCUCUCUUUUCAUUUGGAUUCAUUUCCCCUCCUUUUAUUUUAACUCAUCUGGGGGGGGGCGGGGGGCUGUGUUUGACCCCACCCCCACCAACACCACCACCACCACCACCACCACCCCCCCACUGCUGCACGUUGUCUUUUUUGUGUCCCAGAGGAAAAAGAAGACUUUUAUUUUGUUAAACUGAUCAAAGUAAUUAUUGGUUAUUGAUCCAGCUGCUGCCUGUAUAGUAUUUUCUGUGAGUGACUGAGACUGAUCCACGCUGAGCGGCGGCAGCUUCGACCUUUAAACACAAAAGUGACUCACCAACGUGAUCCGAUGUGAAAUUUGUCCUUUUGGUUUGUUUCUGCCAUAAAAUCAUUAAAGAGAAUCGAGGAGGAGAGCGCCUCCUGCUGGUGUUUCUGUUGGAUUCAAAUGUUAUUAAAUUAUUUUCUAAA